ACUCGCGUCCUCUGCUGCAACCACCACCUACUCACUCGUUCUUCACCAUGGACGAAAUUGGCAUUGAGAUCAAGAAGCAGGAGCCUACAUUCGACGCAGCGUUGUCUGAAAAGACCGCGCUAUUGCAGGAAAUACAGGAAGAUGACUUGUACACAAAGUACAAGAAGCUGUCGCGGCACUUGGAGAUGCUAGAUAUUCAGGAGAGUUACAUUAAGGAUGAACAGCUGAAUUUGAAGCGUGAACUUAUCCGCGCACAAGAAGAAGUCAAACGAAUUCAAUCCGUCCCGCUAGUCAUUGGCCAGUUCCUCGAACCUAUAGACCAGAGCACUGGUAUCGUUGGAUCAACAACAGGGUCGAACUAUGUCGUGCGGAUUCUUUCAACACUCGACCGGGAACUCUUGAAGCCUGCAUCAUCGGUUGCGCUUCAUCGACAUUCCAAUGCUCUCGUAGAUAUUCUCCCUCCCGAAGCCGACUCCUCUAUUGCAAUGCUCGGUGCAGACGAGAAGCCGGACGUGACAUAUUCGGAUGUCGGCGGAAUGGACACGCAGAAGCAGGAGAUUAGAGAAGCCGUAGAGCUACCUUUGACGCAAUUCGAACUUUACAAGAAGAUUGGUAUCGACCCACCUAGGGGUGUAUUGCUAUACGGUCCUCCAGGUACGGGUAAGACUAUGUUAGUCAAGGCCGUCGCGCAUCACACAACUGCGUCUUUCAUCCGUGUUGUGGGUAGUGAAUUCGUACAGAAGUACCUCGGUGAAGGUCCUCGUAUGGUUCGAGAUGUCUUUCGACUUGCCCGUGAAAAUGCGCCGUCUAUCAUCUUCAUUGAUGAGAUUGACGCUAUUGCCACGAAACGUUUCGACGCGCAAACCGGCGCAGAUCGCGAAGUACAGCGUAUUCUGCUGGAGCUGUUGAAUCAGAUGGAUGGUUUCGACCAGGGAAGUAAUGUGAAGGUGAUCAUGGCAACAAACCGAGCGGAUACACUAGAUCCCGCAUUGCUUCGUCCUGGUCGUCUGGACCGCAAGAUCGAAUUCCCGUUGCCUUCGCGUCGUGAACGACGACUUAUAUUCCAGACCUGCACAAGCAAGAUGAACCUUGGUCCUGAUGUUGAUUUGGAAGACUACGUUUCACGACCAGACCGACUGUCAGCAGCAGAGAUUGCAUCGAUUGUUCAGGCAGCAGGUCUACAAGCUGUACGCAAAAACCGAUACAUUGUGCUGCCUAUUGACUUCGAGGAAGCGUGGAAGCAAACAGUCAAGCGCAGCGACGAGACUCACGAGUUCUAUCGAUGAUUCGUGGUGGAUGUAUUUUUGUAGCUUCUAUUCUGUAUUUUACUGGACAGAUUAUCAUAUUUCCGUUUCAUUGAAUCGUGUGCCUCCAGUCUAAGCAUGAAAGCUCUGUCACUUUAGCGUCUCACCGCAUGUCCUCACGGAGUGACGCUCAUUCUUAUGAGCGAGAUGGAUCAUCCUGUUUUCAUUUUCUUGCCUCUCUUUUCUGUCGUGUAUGCUUGUCAUCAACGGCCUUAUGGGAGAAGUGGUUCACACGCAGGAUACACUUCCUAUUUCUCAUGAAUUAACAUAUGGACCGAACGGAUAUUUUGUACAAGUAUUGGUAAGUACUCGUCACUACACCCUAGUCAAUGGCUGCUCAAGCAACUUCUGCAGAUCGUGAAUAUAAUUUCUUUCUGUCGCUCCUAAGCCCCUAUAUUCUUCGUGUGAUUGUCCUAGAUGAACGCUCUUUGACACUCUGGUCGACGUUGAUAAUACUACACGUUCGUCCUCAUU